AUGGCAACGGAGGGAAGAGGGAAGGAGAUGAACAAGAUUAAGACCCAUUUCACCACCCGGGAAGGUCUGUACAAGCUGCUGCGGCACUCGGAGUACAGCCGGCCCAACCGGGUGCCCUUCAAGUCGCAGGGAUCCGACCCUGUCCGCGUCUCCUUCGUAAACAUCAACGACCAGACUGGCAAUGGCGACCGCCUCUGCUUCAAUGUGGGCCAGGAGCUCUACUUCUAUAUCUACAAGGGGGUCCACAAGGCUGCCGACCUGAGUAAACCAAUAGAUAAAAGGAUAUACAAAGGAAUGCAGCCCACUUGUCAUGACUUCAACCACCUAAUGGCCACGGAGGAGAGCGUCUCUCUUCUAGUGGGCUUUUCCGCAGGCCAAGUCCAGCUUAUAGACCCAAUCAAGAAAGAAACCAGCAAGCUCUUUAACGAGGAAAAACUAGUAGACAAGUCGCGUGUAACCUGUGUCAAAUGGGUCCCUGGUUCGGAAAGUCUUUUCCUAGUAGCUCAUUCAAGUGGGAACAUGUACUUGUACAAUGUGGAGCACACUUGUGGCACCACGCCCCCCAACCUGACGCAGGGAGAGAGCUUUGCCGUGCACACUUGCAAGAGCAAAUCCAUGAGGGACCUUAAGUGGACGGUGGGCGAGGGGGCCCUCAACGAGUUUGCUUUCUCCCCAGAUGGCAAGUUCUUAGCGUGUGUGAGCCAGGAUGGGUUUCUGCGUGUGUUCAACUUUGACUCAGCGGAGCUGCACGGUACAAUGAAAAGCUACUUUGGGGGCUUGCUUUGUGUGUGCUGGAGCCCAGAUGGCAAGUACAUUGUGACAGGUGGAGAGGACGACUUGGUGACAGUCUGGUCCUUUCUAGACUGCNGAGUAAUAGCUAGAGGCCAUGGGCACAAAUCCUGGGUCAGUGUUGUAGCAUUUGAUCCCUAUACUACUAGUGUAGAACUAAGUGACUCUAUGGAGUUUAGUGGCAGUGACAAGGACUUCCAGGGCCUUCUUCAUUUUGGCAGAGAUCGAGCGAACAGUACACAGUCUAGACUAUCCAAAUGGAACUCUACAGACAGACGCCCUCCCCUCUCAAGAGCAAGGACACAUGCAAAUGUUAUGAAUGCCACAAGUCUGCCUGCCGGAAGCAAUGGGAGCGGUGUCACUACACCUGGGAACUCUGUGCCCCCUCCAUUGCCACGGUCCAAUAGCCUUCCACAUUCAGUAGUCUCCAAUGCUGGUAGCAAAAGAAGCGUCACAGAUGGGGUCAUUGCCUCUGGGUUCAGCAAGUUUACAACUCUGUUGCUACAUGGCCGGAAGGAGAGAUACCACAGGAAACACCAUAAACGAAAUCAUAGUAUGGGGCACAUUUCCAACAAGAGCAGUGAUAAACUGAACCUAGUUACUAAAGCCAAAACGAAGCCAGCUAAAACUUUGGGGACAUCCCUGUGUCCUCGGAUGGAAGAUGUUCCCUUGUUAGAGCCACUGAUCUGUAAAAAGAUAGCUCAUGAAAGACUGACGGUAUUGGUUUUUCUUAAAGACUGUAUAGUCACUGCUUGUCAGGAGGGAUUUAUUUGCACAUGGGCAAGGCCUGGUAAAGCUAGUAAGUUUCAAUCCUGA